AUGAGGAUAAGGCUUCCUUUUGCAGGCAUCUUCGCCAUCCUCCUCCUCCUCGCCGGCUACGCCGGCCUGUCCUCCCUCCAACUCGACUCGACGACGCUCCCCAUCAACGACAAAGCCCUGCACCUGAUCACCUUCUUCCUGCUCACGGUGGCCUUCUACUGGGUGGUAGACACGACGCGGCGGCGCACCGUGCACCUGGCGCUGGUGGUGUGCGGGGGCGGGCUCGCCGUCGGCUCCGAGGUCCUGCAGGCCGUGCUGCCGAACGGCCGGUCGUUUGAUAUUUUUGAUGUUGUUGCCAAUGUGGUCGGUGCGGUGGCGGCGGUGGGCCUGUGCGCGUGGUAUCAUAAGCGCAUGUUGGAGAGGAAGCGCGUGAGGAAGUAUACGGCUGUGCCGACGGGGGAGGGCGGGGAAGGUGGAGAAGAUUUGGAGCUGGGGGAGGGGCCGGGGAUUGGGGGUGGGAGUGGGAGUGGGAGUGGGAGUGGGAGUGGGAGUGGGAGUGGCUUGGGGGGCCAUGAGGAGGGGGUCAUUGGGGGGAGUGGUGCUGAGGGGCAGAGGGGGAGUCUGACGCUGGAGGAGGAGGUCGAUAACUGGGAUGAGAAUGAUGUGGAUGCCUGGGACGAGGACGAUGCGGGCGACGUUGGCGUCUCCGCGCCGACGGCUGGGAAGGAUGCCGAGGCUGCCGGUGGCUUUGGCACCGCAAAGAAGCGCUCGGAUUGA